UGAAAAUCUGUUCAACCCUGAAAUAAAUACAGAUUAAGAGUUUGAAAUGACGUGAACAAGGUUUUUAUCCGCUUGAAUUCUCACCCUCAAAAUUCCAGUUCUCCAAUUUCCGCGCAUGUUGGAAGUAGCUUCUCGCAAUUUCUCCAAGCUCACGCAUCACGAUGAAGGCCGGAUCCGCUGUAAAUCGACUCCUAUCAAUUGUCACGCCACUCCAGCUCCAAAGUGAAUGAACGAUGUUAAAAACGGAAAUUCGCAGACACAUGGGCGAGAGUGAACAAGGCGCCGUGUGACGAAGCAGCGAUGAAAUCGGACGCCGGCAGCAUGAAGCCAGGCAAGAAGGUGUCCAACACGGAUCUGUGUUCGAACCUCAUUCGAGAGGUCAGGGUUCGGCCUCCGCUCUGGAACGAGAAAGACGAGAACUGGAAAAACAGAGAUCUCCUUUGCAAACUGUGGAACGAAGUCGGGACCGUCGUCGGCAUUCCAGGUCCGGUGGCUUGUACAAAAUGGAGCAACCUGAGGGAGAGAUAUAAUAGCGAAAUCAGUAAACAAAUUGCUGCCAUAGACAGCAACUGCGAUUUCAAGUCAAAGUGGGCGUUUUUCGAAUCGAUGAAGUUCCUUGAUUCGUCCAUGAACUCGAAUAGAGAGCCCUCUUCAGGUAUGAAAUUCGCGAAUACAGAUAAAAACGGUUACGAUCCCCGGAUGAAUAAGCGAUUCUUCAAUCCAAACGCAGCGAACCUGGGACAGCUCAAUGGAAUUGUAGACCUCUGUGAAAUUUGUAAGCAUAGUAUGCAGCAGCAUGGAUAUCAGAACAUGAACGGAAACUGUAACGAGCAGGGAAAGAUCCACAACAUAGAUAUGAAACGGCAAAAGCAGCACGUGUGUAAAGAGAUGCGAGAUUUGGAAGAGGAAAACAAUGAUAACCAAGACAUUAAGAUCUACGUUCAGAAAAAGAUUAAUAAAAACGCGUCAUCCAGUUCGUCGGUUUGCCGACAUCCGGACCUUGUUGUCGCAUUGAGCCAGCCUACCAAGAGCGAAUGUUUCAACGACGAACAGGCAAUUGGCACCGACUCGUUGGAUAACUGCAAUGACCUACCAUGUUCUGAUAGCCGUCCUAUAAAAGUCUCACAUGGAAAAACGGACAAGUCGCACAAUAAACAAAAUGUUCAAAAAGCGGUAAAGAAGAAUGAAAAGACUGAUAAGUUUGGUAAAAAGGAUAAGCGUGAUGCUGAAUGCCAAAACAACAUUGCAAUUGAAGCAAGCGAUAAAAAUGUUGGUCCCGUUUUUAAAGAUAUAAUGAAUGAAUGCGAUCGUAAGGAAAACCCAAAUUGCCAGUUCCUGUUGAGCCUCGUACCGUACCUUGAUCAGCUAAAUCACGUAGAUUGUUUAGAGGUAAGAUCGCAAAUUCAAUGUCUCAUUAAUGAUGCGUUUAGGCGUCGACAACACGGGUGUUCACAUAUGCGGAGGAUGCGAGAAUAGAGAAUAAAAAAAGUUUCACUCUUUCUA